GCGGCGUCGCGGCUCCGCGUCUCUUAGCAACGCUGAGCGGACGCGGCCCCCGCGGCUGAAGCGCGGCCGGGCGGCAGCACCGGGCCGGGGGCGGCGGCGCCAUGGCCUCCAAGCAAAGCAAGAAGAAGGAGCUGCUCACUCGCAACAACUCCGCGCACAUCAGCGCCCCCGCCAAAGAACCAGCUGCUGUGUUACCCAGUGUCGGUGCUGCUAGUGAAUCAAAGAAAGGGAAAUUUCCCAUUUGGCCAGAAUGGAACGAAGCAGAUAUCAAUGCAGAAAAGUGGGAUGCAGGAAAAGUUGGAAAAGAGAAAGAUAAAGCUGGAAAGAGUCCAGUUUUACAUGUCUUUGAGGACCCUGAAGGGAAGAUUGAAUUGCCACCUUCCUUAAAAGUGAAUUCCUGGAAACGUCCACAUGAAUUUUUAAAUAAUAAGGUUCCUGUAGUAGUGAAAAAUGAAAACUGGUUUGACCUUUUUUCAGCAAACGAACACUUACUUGGUAGUGAGCUGAUGAGAUGGAUAAUAAGUGAAAUUUGUGCGGUCUGGAGGAUCUAUAAUGUGAACGUUUUAACUAAUGAGGGUAAAAGCAAUACAAAUGAAACACCUAUAUUUUCUUGGAAGCCAUGGGAGCAUAUAUAUGCCUUAUGCAAGGCUAUUAAGGGACACAUGCCACUGUAUAAUAGCUAUGGAAAAUAUGUGGUGAAACUUUACUGGAUGGGAUGCUGGCGAAAGAUCAUUGUGGAUGAUACUAUGCCUUUCAACGAAGAGAAUAAUUUGUUGCUUCCAGCUACAACCCGUCAAACUGAACUUUGGCCACUAUUGCUGGCCAAAGCAAUAAUUAAGCUGGCGAACACUGAUAUACACGAAGCUGGAAAACGAGAGCUGGAGGAAUUCACAAUUCUCCAUGCACUUACUGGAUGGAUACCAGAAGUUAUUCCUCUCCAGCCUGGAUAUUUGGAUAAAGUUUGGAUCUUUUUAAAAGACAUAGUGCCAGAAUUUAAGCUACCAAAUGAGACAACUCCUGAACUGAAAAAUCCUCUGUCAGAUAUGAAGGCUAAAGAGACCAAAGGACCUGAGUUAAAAAACGAAAUUCCAGUUGCCAGUAAGCAAGCAGAGAAGGCUGAGAAAAUUGGCAAAGAUAAGCUGGAACAAAGAGAAAUCGGAAAGAAGAAAAGUAGAGAUGGUGAAAAAGAAAAAAACAAGUCAGCACCUCAUUCUGCACGAAUAGCUACAGACAUUCAAAGUUCCCUUCAGUCCUUUAUUGAGAGCUCUCCAGUGCCAACACUGCCACAAAUGGUGGUGUAUGCUAGCUAUGUACCUCUCCAUUUGUCUGAAGAAAAGAUCUUUGUUUUGGGGCAAAUGGCUGAUUCCUCUGAGAAGUUGAGGCAGUAUGGACUUUCCCACAUACAUAGCCAUCCUGUGCUGGUGACUAGGACUAGGUCCUGUCCUCUGGUAGCUCCACCAAAGCCACCACCAAUUCCUCGAUGGAAACUUAUCCGCCCGAAAAAAGAAACUGUUGUGACAGAUGAAGCUCAAGAACCUAUAAUAAAGAAGCCUGAACAGUAUAUCGAAAUUGCUAGCCCAUUUCUGAAUUAUAGAGUCACACCUAUUGCAAUGCCCACAAAUAUCCAUUUUCCAUCAUCUACUAUCAAAAGAGGAUGUAGUCCUGCAUCCACCCUCCCUUCUGUCAUUGAAAGUGAUGAAAAUGUAAAUGACACUUAUUUGGAUGUGAUUCAAAAUAUGAGAUUCUUGAGUGCAGAAGAUAAUUCCCAGGAGACUUCCUUCAUUCAACAGCAUAACACAGAAGGCCCCACUAAAGAUGAAUUAAUUGAAAAUAUAAGUAUUGAUGUGGCUCAGACAUCAGAAGCAGUUGACACUAGUAUAUACAGCCAGACGGUGGAUAAAUCACCAGAAGAAAUUGAGUCAGAACGGAAUCCUGUUUCCAGGGAAACAUGGUUUGAUUUUGAAGACUUCUCUACUUGUUUUCAGAACCUGCAUAUUUUCCACAAACCAAAUACAUAUGCUUACAGUUAUCAGAAAGCCGAUUUUAAGUUUACAGAUGAUCGAGUCUUCUAUUAUUUAUUUGUGGACAGUUUGAAGCCUAUUGAAAUCCUGGUUAGUUUUUCUGCAUUAGUACGCUGGGGAGAUUCUGGAGCGACACAAAAAGAAGGUUCUGGUAUACCACAGGGCAUGCUUACGGUUGAAAGUUUCUCUUGGAAAAGUGUGGCUACUGGACAACUUGUGCUAAAGAUACAUACAUAUGCAACCAAAGCUGCUAUGCUAAACCUUCCCCCAGGGCGACAUGUGUUAAUAUUCACUGCAAGUUCCCCCAUAGGGCACCAUAUCCAUCUGUGUAGCAUGGUGCCAUGUGUGUUUGGUGAAGAGGAUACUGUUAUGCCAAAUCUUGACAAGGAGAGCUACCGGUUUAUAGAACAGGCUACAGUUAUCCUGAAAGCUAUUGGAAAUGUGAUUAAUAAUUUCAGCAGUGAGCCUGAACUUUCCAAGGCCCUGAAGGAGCUGGAACUAACUCACUUCCCUCACAGCCUCCAUGGUACAGGAUUAGCUAGAGAACACUUCAAGGUUUUCAAUAAUGCUUUUGGGCGUUUGAUCCAACAAGUGUUAGGUAAUAAGGUUCCUCCCAAUUUUGAAUUCGCUUUCAGAUCCUUCACUUUGGAUUUGAAAGCCAACGAUGCUCCCGUGGAAGACAAUGUAUCUUCAGAGGUGAUAGAGCUAAAUAUUCCUGUUGCUUGGCAGAACAGAACUCCAACUUCUGAAGAAGAAGCUGCAGUGCUUAAACUGCAAAGCAAUUGGAGAGGGACCUAUAUUAGGCAAUUGAUAAAUGGCAGAAAACCAGCUGAUGAUUCAGUCAAGUCCUCACUUUCUUCUGAAGCAGGUACUAAAGAGAAUGCUAAUGUCAAAGAAACUCUGCAAAAACUGUGGACUUUGAUUGAAUCAAAUAUUGAACAGUGUGGUGUAACUCUACUGAGAGAAAUGUUUAAAAGCAACUGUAAGUCUAUCAAAAAAUACCCCUGCUAUGAAGAUGAAUGGGCUAAAACAACUUUUGCUGAUUAUGCUGUAACAUAUUUUGAUCAGCCACCAAAUUUUUGGUUUGUGGUUUUUAGGGAAACAUUUCUUGUGACUGAAGAUAUGCUUGUAGUGCCAAAGGUGUACACAACCAUCCCUACCUGUAUGCUCCAUGUUGUAGAUAAUGACACACUGGAAGAAAUGCCACGCAUCUUUCUCAAAGUGGCCCCUCAUGUUUAUACCAAGAAUAAGAAAGGAUACACAUUCAUGGCUGAAGCACAUACUGGUGACUUACCUGUAGCAGCUGGGAAAUGGAGACUACGUCUCAUUGGUUCCCAUAGUCCACUCCCCAUUCUCUCUCGUGAUGCUGUAAACAAUUUCUAUUCCACUAAGGAAAUUAAAGACUAUUAUAUACCCAAUGACAAGCACAUUGUAUUCAGGUAUGCAGUAAAAGUCACAGCAUCACAUAUUGCUACAGUGCAGGUACAAACCUCUAAAUCAGAUGUGUUCAUUAAAUUGCAAGUCCUUGACAGUGAGGAGGAAAUUGUGAGCACUGUUGGAAAGGGCCAUGCUGUCAUCCCUGCAUUUAAUUUCUUGUGUACUGAAAGGCCUUUAAGUUCUCAGUCAAGCAAAGGUCAGAUUAGCCAAAGCAGCACAAAGAAGGACCCAGAAACUGGAGGGACCAAAAGAAAAGGUGCUUUAGCAACCCAGAAAGGCAUCAAAUCUCAUAGGCCAGAAAGCGUACUAGAAGGCCAGGCUGUAAUAGAAGAAGAGCCUGUCAUCCUCCCAGCUCUUGAAAAGAAUGCUGUAGAUCCACAACCGACUCACAAGUACAUUAUACAAGCACUGGUGUUGUAUAACAGUUGGCCACUUACCGAGAGUCAGUUGGCAUUUAUCCAGGCACUGAAAGAAAUGGAGAAAAAUGAAAUCAAAGCACAUGGUGAGAAACAUGAUGAACCCAUUGCGGCAGUAAACCAGGAUGGUUAUAGCAAUUUUGAAGGGCCAAAAUCUGCAAGCACUCCUAAAACAACUAGAAAAACAAAAGAUAAAGCAACUGAGAAGGCAGAAAAAGAAAAGUCCAGUAAAGAUAAAACAGCGUCUACAUCUAGACCGGAAUCUCAGCAGUCUGAUCCGAACAAACCUUACUGGAUCUUGCGUCUAGUCAUUGAACAAAGUGAGGCAGAGGUGCUGGAACUGAAGAAAGACACAGAGAGAGCAGAUGAGAUCAAAGCCAUGAAGCAAGCAUGGGAGUCUGCAGAACCAGGAAGAGCUGUCAAGGCUUUUCAGGAACGCAUGCACUUUAUUAAUAAGUGCACACCGAAGGGUUCCACAGAGCCCACGGCUGAGCCUGAAAGUGUCAGUGUUGCACUGGGCCCAGGAGAAGGAGAUGCAGUUUCCCCUGUGCUUGAAAUAAUAGCAUCACCAGCAGCCACUGACGCAAGCACACAAGCUCAGCAAAAGGAAUGGGAACCUCUAGACCUAACCCCCUACAUUAGAAAAACAAUGCCUGAGCCUGUGCUAAGAAAUGAGUCUAUCAUUCAACAGCAGGAGAUGUGUAAAGCCGAAGAAAUAAAUCGUUUUAGGGAGCUUCGACAGCUGGUUCUGGAACAAAGAGAAAAAGACCAAAAUGCUCGCACAUUAUUGAAGCAAAAUACACUUGAAAUGUAUGAGCAUCUACAAGUAUCCUUAGAUGAAGCACGAGGCAGGGUUCUCAGUGCUCGGGAAGCAUACAGAAGUAAGCUACUAGAGGCUGAACUCAAAAAACAAGAAGCACUAGCCGCAGAAGAAGCGGCCAUUCGAGCAGAGCAAGAGAAGAAAAGUCCAGAUGCACAGAAAAAAAAGCAAGGAAAAAGUGCAGGGAAAAAAAAGUAAUGGCCUGAAAGGUUAACUCUGCCCAUUGUUUAGGAAAGAAUUUAUUUUUAAUGAUUAAAAGAAUUAUUCAAUAUUUUUCUAAGUCAAUGCAGUUUUUUCUCUUUUCCAGGUAUUAUUCCAAAAUCCAUCUAGCAUUGCUUUCUUUUUAACAUGAAAAGUUUGUAGUUUUCAUAUGAUAAAUGAUAAUCAUACCAUUACAGUUUCUGUUUUAACUGAAAUAAAAUUUUGCACUAAAA